CAGUGUGUAGCGUCAGGGUUGUAGUGUCACCAUGCCAGGGAAGCUGAAGGUUCGGAUCGUUGCGGGGAGGGACCUGCCAAUCAUGGACAGGGCCAGCGACCUCACAGACGCCUUCGUAGAGGUGAAGUUUGGAGCGACCAACUACAAGACAGACGUGCAGAAAAAGUCCCUCAACCCUCAGUGGAACUCAGACUGGUUCAAGUUUGAGGUGGAUGAUGAAGACUUACAAGAUGAACCGCUACAAAUUCGAGUGUUGGAUCAUGACACCUACAGUGCCCAUGAUGUGAUUGGAAAGGUGUAUAUAGACAUUGACCCCCUCCUGUCCAAGGACUCUGCCUCUGUCAUGCAGGGCUGGUUCCCCAUCUAUGACACAAUGCAUGGAAUCCGAGGCAGUGUUUACGUUGUGGUGAAGGUGGACCUGUUCAUCGACACCAACAGGUUCAGACAGUCUUCCUGCGGAGUCCAGUUCUUCUGCUCUCCCUCCAUCCCGUAUGGCAUGUAUCCUGUGGCUAUUCUGGGGUUUGUGGAGGAACUGGUGGUGAAUGAUGACCCAGAGUACCAGUGGAUAGACAAGAUCCGGACUCCUCGAGCCUCCAAUGAAGCCAGACAAAGCCUGUUCUCCAAGCUGUCAGGUGAGCUGCAGAGGAAGAUAGGACUGAAGGUACUGGAGAUGGGAGGGAAUGCUGUUAUUGGAUAUAGACAGUGUUUUGACCUGGAGGGAGAGUCCGGUAUCGUGGUGCGAGCCAUUGGCACGGCGGCACACCUGGCGCGCCUACAGCCCCCGCCCGUGUCCCCCCACCAGUCCCCUCCGGUCAUCAAGGAUGCUGUCAAGGAAGCCCCUGUACCAGAGGAGGGCACGGCACCCCCUCCCUCCCCCACCAAACUCUUCUCCUCCCCCCUGCCCAAAGAUGUGGUACCUCCCAUCGGUCCGGCCGAGAGGGUGCGGCGCCAGUCGUCGGACUCGGACCUCAGCACAACGCCCAAAGUAAAAACUUCUCCUCUCCACUUUUACGGCACAUUCAUUUGCAAUCUUCUCCAUCAUGUCUUCAUCAUCUAUAUUCAUGCAGUGGAAGACACUGAAUCACACGUCUUUACACCCCCGCCUAAACUCACCCUCACCAUCCCCCCACCUCCCGACAACUACACCCUCCCUCCCGACGUCUUCGUCACCGCCCCCUCCCCUCCUGACGCUCACCCUUCUGCCCCGAACACAGCACCUCUCCGUCGCACCCCCUCGCCCCCCGCCGCGGUCGGCCGGCAGCACUCACAGCCCGUCACGCAAAAGGAACGCACGACGCGCUCUGCCACCCCGCCCCUCCCCGCCGCCCACCGGCGCGUGUCCGCCCCCUACUCCUACCUCUCCGGCUCCCCUCCUCUCGUUUCCGCCCGAAGGAAAGAAUCUCUGUCGUCGUCCUUCCGUCUGUACCGAACCGAGUCGUCCGAGUCGGACAUAAGCACAGGAGGGAGUGUAGGGAGCAGUGGCAGCAGUGGAGGGAAAGCCACCAUAAUACAGAAGCUCAUGUCCCAACAGCCCAGCUUGGACGUCAUGGAGUACCCGUUCUUCACUCUGCGUUCCUUCCAGCCGGGUUAUCUGCAGUCCCUGGGUGGGGUGGUGUCGGCUCGCUCUGUCAAACUGUUGGACAGGAUACACAACCCAGACGAGCCAGAGACGAGAGAUGCGUGGUGGAUAGAGCUGCGCCAGGAGAUCAGGUCUCAUGCCCACGCCCUGGGCUGUAAUGCUGUGGUUGGGUACAGCGAGUCCACAAGUAUAUGUGAUGAGCUGAUAGUGUUGUCUGCUGCUGGUACAGCUGCACUUCUCAACCUUAGACCGGAGGAGGCCAUCCUCAACAAAGACACCUCUCUCCGCCAGUCCGGCAUGCUGACGUGUUCUCUGGACCGCCGUGACUUUGAGGGUCUCCAGCAGGCACAAAAGGACACCUCUGCGGGGAGCGGGUACGGUCCCACCCUGCUCGAACGCAGCUUUGCGGUCAGGCGAUCGCUCUUGCAUGGCCAGCCUGGGACGUCAGAUGAGGGUGCCAUGAGCUGUAGUCCAUGCCACAUCCCGUACGACCGAAUCAACACACCCUUCCCCAUCACACUAGAGAACUGUGCUGUAUGUAGACAUGGGAAGGUCCCAGAUGUGCUGUUCACCACUAUAGAGCCACCAGGGGACCUGCCAGUUACAGGACACGGCUGUCUCAUACAGGCCAGGGUCUGCAGAGGAAAGAGAAAACUACAAGGGGAGGCCAACGCAGCAGCUGUCAGUGAUGUGUUACCCUUUAUGGAGUACGAGCUUCACAGACAGCUCAUGCACAAACUGAAGGCAAAAAGCAUGAACAGCCUGUUUGGACUGAAUGUGGAGAUUUCCGUGGGGGAAACUCUCAUCAUUGGGAUUGCGACCGCAACUGCAGCAUUUUUGUCAGCACUUCCCCCGCCUGGACCACUGAAAAUCACAGGAAAGAACGGGUCGGAACAGAAGGUGGCCGCCAUGCAGAAGAGAGUGCAGGAUAUGCAGGCAAAGAACAGGGACAUCUAUGAUCUGCAGCAUCUGUCCACUACUGAGCCUCCAGACGUCCCCAAAGAGGAGGAGGAGAAGGACCUGCCUGACAUGACGGACCAGAUGCCCAGCAGCCCCGGUUGCCAUAGCAACCACUCUCACAGCAGCAGCGGAAGCGACCUCAGCGAACUUGACCUCUCUGCUGGCAAGAAGGAAGUGUUUGUCGUUGAGAUUGAUGACGCUGAGGAUGAAGACAUUGUGUCUCUGAUGUUGGACUCACCGGAACCUGAAGGGUUCCAGUCCUGUAACACGGAGCUUCCACCUGGAGUCCAAGUCCUCACCAGUAAUGUACAGACGUUCACCACAGUGAUGACCUACAGUGACUCCCAGGCCUUGGCCCAGCACAGCAGAUACCUCACCAACAUCUUUGACAACAUCCUUAAGACCCUCUACUUCAAGCUGCGUAUGAUGGUGCCCUGCUGUCUGUCAGAUGUACGCUUCAACGUCGCGAUCCCAGAGGACAACGAAAUGCAGGUAACAGUGACAGCUGCUGCCGUGGGUCUGCAGGAGAGUCCGCCGUCCGGCAGCGAGGCCCCACCUCACACCAGGAGGAGACAGAAGGACAGUAACAUCCAGGAAACCAGUGAAAAACAAGACAUUGACAGAUUCCCAGAGUCCAGUGAGAGUGACCGUGAAGACAUGAUGUUUGUGAUGGACGGAGAUCCAGAGUCAACCCCCCAGUCCAGCACCCCCACCAAACUCACCCCUACACAGCACAUACCAGGGCCGCGGACCUACAAGCAGGAGGGGCGUUCCCAGCUCACGCCCCACGGGAUCCAGCUGAGUCCGCUGUCGUACGUGCCCGGCGGCCGCGUGGAGCGCUACCUCGGGCACGUCAACAUGUUCUUCAUCCGAGAGAGUACGUCAGUCCGAGAGCAUGGCGGCAUGAACGGAGUGGUGCACAAGUUCCUCUUGGAGGUGCAAGCUAUCCUACGGGCCCACGUCUCGGCGCUAGGGGGCAACGCUCUGCUGUCGUACACCGUCAGCCAGGUGGUCCUUCUGGACAGCCCACACAGGAACCAGGGCCAGUGCCUGUUGAAUGUGAGCGGCGAUGCUGCGUGUGUCGUGUACUACGGAGACCAGGUCAUGCCGGUGUCCGUCCCCUUCCCGCUGGCAGUCUUGGCGGACAAGUCGCCCAUCGCAAGAUUCAGCCCGAAGGAGGCAAAGAGGAAAGUCCCACUCAUGACAGACUUGUGACAGUGACUCGGUCUGUGGUUGUUGUCACGUAUAUAGAUAGUAACGGUUGUUUAUUGAAAAAUGUUUAAAC